AUGGGCGACCAGCCUCGGAGGCGGGCGCUCGCCGACUUCCGACGCAGCACCGGCUCGCAAAGGGAGGCCGAGGCCGAAGACGGCUCCUGCCCCCGGCCGCGAGCGGCGCCGAGUCCUCCCGAGCGGAGCCGAGCUCGGCCGAGUGUUCCCGAGGCCGAGUCCUCUCGCGCGUCGGCUCGCCGCCGCCUCCUGUCCGAAAGUGCCCGAGCGCCGCCGGACACGCCGCUCAGGCCUCGGUCCCGAUUCGGCUGUCGACUCCGGAAACGCGGCUCGGUCGCGCCCCUUCGGGGGCAGCCACGAAAAUGGCCGAGAGGCCGCGAACGCAGCCGAGCGCAGAGGCUGCCGGGAGCGCGUGGACCCGCCGCGGCCGGCCGCGCCUGCAGGGUGGAGGGUCGGGGAGGGCCUCAGGCCAGCCCGGCGCGGUUCUGGGCCGUUAGAAUGCGGGCCGUGUCUCCACGCUGCGCCCACUUAGCAGUCACACCCAGCCAGCCCUGGUCCCACCGCUGUCCAGUCGGGAGUUUGCAGGACAGGACCCGCAGCGUCCCCAAGACUGUGGCCCUGGUGGCGCCGCGGAAGGCAGCCCGGGGUCAGCCCGAGAACAUGCCACCCUUGGGUCGGGGCUGCUUUGUCCUCGUUGCUGGGGAUGCCUCCUCCACCAUGCUCUCGUCAGUACCGCUUCAGGCCCUCCUCUGGCUCAGUGGGGCCUACCAGGCCUUCUACUUCUUGACCACCCUCCUGCUGCUGUUGUACAAAACUCAGGAAUUCAGCUACCCACAGGAUCGCCUGGCCCUGGACCUGGCACUGCUGGUUACCAUGGGGGUGCUGGAGACGGCCGGGCUGUUCUUGGGUACCAAGGGCAACCUGACGGAGGCUGAGGGGCUGCUGGCCACAAGCCUGCUGCUGACAGUGGGCUCUGCCCUCCUGACUGCCUACUUCCUGCGCUGGCAGACCCUGGUACUGUGGGCAGACACAGCCCUGGGUGCCAUGCGCCUGGCACUCCACAGCCUGGAAGCCGUACUUCAGAUGGUCACUAUCGCCACCUUCGUCAGCUAG